GCAUGCGUUAAUAACACCUGAAAACCAAACUAACCUAACAUUGAACAGUUUGACAAGUGACAUUUCUCUUUUUUAUUAAAACAUGGCUGCUCGUGCCGCUGUCCCGAGGCGUGUGCCCGAUAAUGAGCCAGCGAUCGCCUACGUCCAGGCCGACGGCUUGGCCGUCAUGAAAAUAGUCAAACACUGCCAUGAGGAAUCGACGACUAACAUGGACAUCGCCCAAGGAGCCCUCUUGGGUCUGGUAGUGGACAAGAGACUCGAAAUCACCAACUGUUUUCCAUUCCCUAAGGCCUCCGAUGAAACCAUGGACGAAGACGAGUAUCAGUUGGCCAUGAUGCGCCGAUUGCGUCGCGUCAACGUCGAUCAUUUCCACGUAGGUUGGUACCAAAGUGCCGACGUGGGUAACUUCCUCAGUUUGCCUAUGCUCGAAUCCCAAUUCCACUACCAAACAUCAAUUGAAGAGUCUGUGGUGGUUAUCUAUGAUACACAAAAGUCCUCGAGAGGUUUCCUCACGUUGAAGGCUUAUAGAUUGACCCCGCAGGCCAUUGAGUUGUACAAAGAAGGUGAAUUUACCCCAGAGGCGAUACUGAAGCUGAAAAUUGGCUUUGAAACUUUGUUCACUGAGGUGCCUUUCUACAUUAAGAACUCGCCUUUGACCAACAUUAUGAUGUCCGAGUUGGCGGAACUAGUGCCAGAAGAAGAGGGCUCCAAAUUCUUGGAUUUGGGUACUGCCUCAGUUCUUGAAGGACAACUGCGUUGUCUCAUGGAUCGCGUUGAUGAACUCAACCAAGAAGCCAUUAAAUUCAACAGAUAUCAACAAUUGGUGAGCAGACAACAACAAGAUAAACACAGGUAUUUGCAAAAGAGAGCUCAAGAAAACGCAGCAAGGGCAGCCAAAGAUGAGCCCCCAUUGCCAGAAGAAGACAUCAAUAAACUAUUCAGACCACAUCCUGUUCCACUCAGGUUAAAUCCAAUGAUUUUCGCUGGACAAAUCAAUACUUACAGCCAGGCUAUUUCUCAAUUCUGUUCACAGUCUUUGGCCAAGCUGUAUAUUACACAAGCCUUACAAAAUGCAAAAGAAUCCAAAUCUAAUCCUUAAAAUUGUUUUGUAUUCUAGUUUUAAUAAAACGGAUUUGACAUUUAA